CUCUGGCGUAUCUGUCUCCGGACUUCGGAGUUAGGUUAGGAAGUGGCUGUUUUUGCAGAGGGCUUUGUAGAAAACCCACUGGUACCCUUUAUAGUAGAAACUUAUUCGUGCCAAUUCCUCCCCUUUUAAUAAUUUAUUAAGUCUUGAAAUGAACGACAUAAAAGCCCUGAAAAAUCAACAAAAGGAAAAACAUCCGGGCUUUGGUUCUUAUUUGGAGUGCAUGACCAGAACUUUAUUCACUGGGUUGUCUGCCUUUGCUUUUGCUUUUACGGGGUCAUACUUUUUGCAAAAACUGGUACAGAAACAACUGCCUUAUAAAUCCAACGUCUUCAUUUUAACAUCAUCAAUUGUGGGCGUUGGUGUAGCGUAUAAAAUUACCAAGGAUCGUGCGAGAUCUUGUCAGGCAGCUUGGCUGGCUUUUGAGGAGAAGCAUACAGCACUGGGAAAAGCUGAGGUUUCAGAAGAAUAAUGCUUCGUACAGUUUUGCUGCACUCUUGCAAAUUUUGCAGCCUUCCCAGGAUUGUUAGAGUAAGUUCGGGAGGAUGGUUUAGGAAGGGGAUUACAAGUGGAUUUUCUGGGAAUACCAGGCUGAAGUAUACGAUGUCUGGUGUUAAGGGUGGCAAUCAGAAGAAAGGACGACAAUCUGUGGAAGAUGAUGAAGGGGAUUUUGAGACAACUGAAGAAUUUGAUGAGAAACUUAUUGAUAAGGAUGAAGAGUACAAUUUUAUAGCAAGCAGUGCACUUCACAUUACUAAGAACAUCCUCAAUGAACAGCAUAUCUUCCUGAUUCAACCGUACAUUAAAUGGGGUCCUCAGAAAUCGCCCUCAUCACCGGAUCUUUUGAUAGAGGAAUCAGUAGCUCUUGUGAGAUCUGUGCCCAAGUGGCAUGUGGAGCAAGUCAUGAAGGUGCCUUUGGAGAAUUUUAGCAAAAAGACUCUCUUCGGACGAGGAAAGAUUGAGGAGAUAAAAGAAGCAAUUAACAAACUGAGAGCUUCAGGGAAGCCAGUAAGUCGAAUUUUUAUCAGCAAAGGAGUUAUUCAUGGGGCUCAGAAGAGAUUUCUCGAGACAGCCUUUCACCUCCCCAUUCUCGAUCGGUACUCUAUGGUCAUUCAGAUUCUCAGACUUCAUGCUACAACAGCUGAAGCAAAGCUGCAGGUAGCAAUGGCAGAGAUCCCGUACAUUUGGGGACAGACUCGACCAAAAAAUGCUACUGUUGGGAAGCUGGAUGAUUUGGUUUUGACAGAUUCUCAGCGUAUUCUCCUGACCCAUCGGGAAAGGAAGCUAAAGAAAGCUCUGGAUAACAUUAGGGCUCAAAGGAGGUUGUUGAGGAGGAAGAGACUGAGCAGAAACUUCCCGGUUAUUGCGGUAGUCGGGUAUACUAAUGCUGGAAAGACUUCCUUGAUCAAGGCUCUGACGCGGGAAGUUACUCUCCAACCAAGGGAUCAGCUUUUUGCGACUCUAGACGUCACAGCUCAUGCCGGAAGAUUACCAUGCAAACUUGAAGUGAUCUUUAUGGAUACUGUGGGCUUUAUGUCGGACAUCCCAACAGAGCUCCUUGAGUGCUUCAUCUCUACACUGGAAGAUGUGAUGCUGGCUGAUGUUAUCCUUCAUGUUCAGGAUGUUUCUCAUGGGAAUUGCUUGGAGCAGAGGAAGCAUGUUGAGACAACUCUCAGGGAACUUGUGGAAAAAUUUGGAGAAAAUCAUGAGCUCAAUAACAUUAUAGAUGUUGGAAAUAAAAUGGAUAAAUUGCCAUCGGGAGAAGGGAAUAAUUCCAAAUUCCAAGAUUUGCACCUGAUCUCUUCGCAUACUUUGGAGGGUGUUAGAGAGCUCCUGGACGACAUUGAAAAAUUAGUUCUAAAACGUACUCAGCGAUCCCAUAUAACAAUCAAAGCCGCAAUGGGAGGAGAGGAAGCUUCAUGGCUCUACAAAAAUGCUACUGUCGUGGACGCCGAAGCGGAUCCUGAGGAUAGUCAAUAUUUGAGGCUUCACGUAGUGAUUGCAGAAGCUACAUUUGAGCAAUUCAAGCAUCGCUUCUUAAAGGGAAGUGGCAAGAAAAAAUAGUAACAAGUAAAUUAAAGUAGACAUAAUUUUA